AUGGCGCCAAAGGAGAAAGUUGCUGCUAAGGGCAGCAGCAAAGCAGCAGUAGAGAAGAAAGUAAAGAAAGCAGAGGCAGUAAAAAAAGGAUUAAAAAAGAGCAGCAGAAUAGCAACUGUUAAGGCACGAUACACUACACGCUUCUACAGGCCUCGUACCUUAAAGAAGCCCCGUUCUCCUCGUGCUCCUCGUCUGUCUGCACACUGGACAGGGAACCCAAUCCCUGUGCUGCAGCAGCGCAACAAGAGCAACAAAUAUUUAGUGCUGCAGCAGCCAAUAACUACAGAGAGCGCCAUGAAGAAAAUAGAGGAAAUAAAUACACUUGUAUUUAUUUGCCAUCCUUCUGCUAAUAAAAAUAAUAUAAAAAAAGCUAUUAAGGAUACUUAUGGUGUAGAUACACAAAAAGUUAAUACUCUUAUUAGGAUGGAUGGUAAGAAGAAGGCAUAUGUUCGUCUUUCUCCUGAGUAUGAUGCCCUUGAUGUUGCUAACAAGAUAGGCAUUAUCUAA